CUCCUGUGGAGUUUAAUUCCUCUUUCUCUGCCCGAGCUCCACAAACGCAGAGAAGCCCGCUCGUGAUGAGACAGAGUCCAAAAGGUUCCUCCAGGCUUUAAAGACUUGGUUGAGAUGGGCGUCGGUCUGGCAGGUGUUGCUUUACUCGCUGCUCUGAUGCGAGGUGUCUCGUGUGAAAUCUGGGCCAUAACGCUGCCUCAAAGCAUCAUGGGAAUACUGGAGUCCUGUAUCACGGUCCCAUGUGGUUUCCAGAUUCCUGAGAAUCGUGAAAAAGACCUGCUCAUGAACUGCUCGACUGGAGUUGUUUGGAAGAAGGACAGUAAAUAUGGUCCUGUUGUCUUCAGUGAAGGCAAUCGGGGAAGCAACAAGAUUCAGGGUAUCGUUUUCGGAGACCUCAAAAAGAAGAACUGCACCACCAUGUUCCACAGCCUGCCACAGAACUACAGCGGCUCCUACUUCUUCAGGCUGGAGUGUUUAGGGGACUUCAAGUAUACCUUCACUAAAGGAGUCGUCAUCAGCGCUCAGCCAGGCAUGCCUCCCCCCCAGCUGACCCCCGUGAAGCAGGUGUCAGAGGGCGAUCUGGUGACGCUGCAGUGUUCAGUCCCUGUGCCCUGCUCCAUCCUGCCCCCCUCCCUCACCUGGCUCCCCCAAGACAUCGCCUGGCAGGCUCAGACGCAGAUAGAGCAGAAGGCGGAUGGACUGAUGGUCAUGACGUCCACGCUGACCUUCAUCGCCUCCGCUGACCAUCACAACAGGAGCGUCGCCUGCUGUGUUUCCUACCCGCUGACCAAAGGGGGCAGCACCAAGCCGUCUGCAAACACCCAGAGACUCAACAUCCUGUAUUCUCCCAGAUCAACAGUGGCGUCCCUAACCACACCUGGUUCUGGUUCUGGUUCUGGUUCUGGUUCUGGUUCUGGUUCUGGUCUUGUCUCUGAGGGCAGCUCUGUGGCUCUCACAUGUUCCAGUGAUGCUAACCCUCCUGUGAGCCUCUUCACCUGGUACAGAGUCCUCAGUGGACAGGUAGCUCACCUGUUCACAUCAAGAGUCUGGGACGAGGUCGAUGUCUCACUUGUCUCACCCGUCCUACCCGUCUUACCCAUCUCACCUGUCUCACUUGUCCCACCUGUCCCACCUGUCUCACCUUUUUCACCUGUCUCACCUUUCUCACCAGUCUCACCCGUCCCACCCGUCUCAGCCGUCUCACCCGUCCACCCGUCUCACCCGUCUCACCCAUCCCACCAUCUCACCCGUCUUACCUGUCUCACCUGUCUCACCUGUCUCACCUGUCUCACCCGUCCCACCCGUCUCAGCCGUCUCACCCGUCCCACCCGUCCCACCCGUCUCAGCCGUCUCACCCGUCCCACCCGUCUCACCCGUCUUACCCGUCUCACCUGUCUCACCUUUCUCACCAGUCUCACCCGUCUAACCCAUCUCACCCGUCUCACCCGUCUCACCUGUCCAACCCGUCUCACCCGUCCCACCCGUCUCACCCGUCUCACCCGUCUCACCCGUCUAACCCAUCUCACCAGUCUCACCCGUCUCACCCGUCCACCCGUCUCACCCGUCUCACCCGUCUCACCUGUCUAACCCAUCUCACCUGUCUCACCCGUCUCACCUGUCCCACCCGUCUCACCCGUCCCACCCGUCUCACCCGUCUAACCCAUCUCACCUGUCUCACCUGUCUCA